CACCAGUGAAGUAAGAUGAUCGUUCGCACAUACGGUCGCCGAAACAGACCCCUCUCGAGGACCUGCUCAGCUUCUUCUCUCAACGACGACGUUUUGGACCCACUCUCGCAGGAGAGUUCACAGAACCACGACAACAACAUCUACGGAUUCGCGUACUCGUCCCAGGAUUCGUCCUCGCAUUGGUCCCUCUUCGAUUCGGAUCCUAAUUUAGUAGACGAUUUCGGCGGCGGCUGCAGGGAGCCGAAGAGGGCGAGGAAGGGGGAGAAGAAGGCGGCGGCAGCUAACGGGAGUUGCCACGUGGCGAUACCUGCGACAUCGACGCUUAUGGAGGCGCAGGAGUUUGGGGAGAUGAUGGAGCAUGUUGAUGAGGUGAAUUUCGCUCUCGAUGGGCUCCGCAAGGGGCAGCCUUUGCGGAUCAGGAGAGCGAGCUUGGUGUCACUGUUGGGUAUUUGUGGCACCACGCAGCAGCGGAGGCUUCUCAGGAGUCAGGGGAUGGCAAAGACGAUAACUGAAGCUAUUUUGGGCCUCAGUCUCGAUGAUUCUCCCAGCAAUCUUGCAGCUGCAACUCUUCUAUACGUUUUAACCUGUGAUGGUCAAGAUGAUAAUCUACUUGAAUCAUCUGGUUGUAUUCAAUUUCUUAUAAAGUUGUUGAGACCAAUUGUCUCAACAUCUAUCGCGGACAAGGUACCAAAACUUGGUUCUAAGCUUCUAUCCUUGCGUCAGAGUGAUGACAUGUUCAAAACUUCAAUGGGAAGAAUGGAUUCCAGUUUGGUCACAGUUUUUUCUAGAGUUCAAGAAGUUCUAGUAAAUUGCAAAGGACUAAAAACAUCUUGUCAGAAUGACAGUGUGGUGGAGAGGCCAGAGUUAUGCCCAAAAUGGUUAGCAUUGUUGACCAUGGAGAAGGCUUGUUUAUCUGCCAUUUCUCUUGAUGAAACCACUGGUGCUGUACGGAAGGCUGGUGGAAAUUUUAAGGAGAAACUAAGGGAGUAUGGAGGACUUGAUGCGGUCUUUGAAGUCACCAUGAAUUGUCAUUUAGAUUUGGAGAAAUGGGUGGAGGAUGAUAGUUCUCUCUCUACCAAGGAUCUGAGAAAUAACAAACAUCUGAAGAAUCUAACCCUACUUCUCAAAUGCCUGAAGAUAAUGGAGAAUGCUACUUUUCUAAGCACAGAUAAUCAGACUCAUUUGCUUGAAUUGAAAGGAAGAUUAAAUCCUCAGGCAACUUCUUUUUCUUUUACGGAGCUGAUCAUAACUGUUAUAAGGAUCCUUUCAGACAUAUGUUUAUGUCAAAGUGCCUCUGCUGCAUCCAAUGAGAAAAAGGCUUAUGGUUUGCUCUCUAUGGUCAGUGAUGAUUCUGAACCAGAUCUGUUCAGAGACCAUAAAGAUAAUGAACCUUUAUUCAAAAGUUCUAUCAGCAAGUUGUUUGGUAUGAAUAGAGCUUCUUCUGCUAAGAAUUCUGAUGUUUCACGGAACAGCCGACUUUUGACAUGUAGUCAGAUGGAAUGUUCACAAUCCAUUUCUGAAACUCCCAGCACUUCAACUAGUGAUAUUUAUUCGCUAAAGAUGAGAGUUAGUUCUUCAACAUCUGAAUCUUGCAGUGGUGCAUCAAAGAGUUCAGGCUACAAAGCAUCCACAAUCCAUAAUAGUUCAAGGAAGAAUGUACGGUUUACUGAAAAUAGCCCAAUUGUAAUCUCGGAUGAUAGCCAAGAUCCUUUUGCAUUUGAUGAGGAUGACUUUGCACCCACUAAGUGGGACAUAUUAUCAGGGAAACAGAAGAAAUCUCAUUCUAAAAGAAAAUACGAGGUGCCAAGCAGAGAAUUUGAGUAUGUAUGUCAAUCUCAGACUAAAGAGAUAGAGAUCCAACAAGAAUUGAAUGAUGUUGACAUCAAUUGUUCCAGUUCUGUUGUUGGUGAUGAAGAAGGUUCCAUCCUUCUAAGUGAUUGCCUUCUAACUGCUGUUAAGGUGUUGAUGAAUUUGACUAAUGACAAUCCUGUUGGCUGCCAGCAAAUUGCGGCCUAUGGAGGACUGGAAACUAUGUCUAAGCUGAUUGCUGGUCAUUUCCCUUGCUUCAGCUCUUCGAUGUCCUUUGGUCAAAUGAAAGAAAAUACUUCAAGUGCUGAAGACCAUCAAUAUGAUAAGCAUCUCACUGAUCAUGAAUUAGAUUUUCUUGUGGCCAUUCUGGGCUUGCUUGUAAACCUGGUAGAGAAGGAUGACCACAACAGAUCACGCCUUGCAGCUGCCAGUGUUCUGCUUCCUUCAUCCCGGGGCUUGGAUCAUGAGGCUCGGGGGGAUGUUAUUCAAUUAUUAUGCUCUAUUUUCUUGGCUAACCAGGGUGGAAUUGAGGGAGAUGGGGAAGAUAAACAUUCGGCACUGGAUGCUGAAGAAGUUGUUCUCCAGGGUGAAAAAGAAGCUGAGAAAAUGAUUGUGGAAGCUUAUUCUGCCCUGCUUCUAGCGUUUCUUUCUACUGAAAGUAAGAGCAUCCGAGCAGCAAUUGCUGACCAUCUCCCAGAUCACAACUUAUCUAUUCUUGUGCCUGUGUUGGACAGAUUUGUGGAAUUUCAUCUGUCAUUGAACAUGAUUUCACCAGAGACUCAUAAAGCAGUUAGUGAAGUCAUUGAAUCGUGCAGAAUUCGAUGAAAGCCCAGCACAUCGGAAAACUCUGUACAGCCACAGCGUAAGUUAGGUUUUUAUUACUCAACACAAAAUGGGACUGCUGCAGCUUAGUUCAUUACAGAGUCUGACCAAGAUACAUAUACUUUAUGAAUGCUAUACCAUGUCCUAUAUUUGUAUCACCAUGCUGGUGAUGAUGUAUACAGAAAAUUAAUAGUGGGUUGCAUUAUUAUUAGCAUAGUUGUGUGUGUAAUCAAUGGUAGUAAUUUUUUCAAUAUUUUUUGUUUAUUCAUUCAUUUUUCGUGUAUCAGAAGCUUAUAUAUUUUGUUAUAAAUGCUCAUGUAGAAUAGCCGCGACCUUUUUCUUCAUAUUUUCGGCAACUUGACAUAAGCCGAGAUUGAAUCAGUGUUAAAUAAUCAUAAUAUUUAAGUAGAUAUCUGUGCAU